UAAAGAUAACAACAGGAACUUGGGACCAAUCAGGAGGAAGCAGCUUGAAGGGCUGGAGUCUGAUACCAAAGACUCCAUAUUCACCGUCUGUGAGGAAAGUGACUGUGAUCCAAUGGAUUUCUUGAGCCAAACUUCCGAGAGCAAAGAGGGGGAUGUGUUAUGCUCCGCAUUCCUCAAGAGAUCAAACCGAGCCUGAUGGAGAGCUCUACACAGUAUCAGAAGCAACCAGUGCCUCACAUGCCCUAUCAGAAGGAUAUGCAGGCUGUUCUGCAGCUCAGAGUGAAAACAGUGGAAGUGGCAAUGAAGUGGAGAGCGGGGGACUACCUUCAGGAUCAAAGACACUAAAAGCACCCAGAAAAUGGGCAAGCACCCAUAACCGUGCUAGAGGCAAGGUGACCACAAAUGCUUCUCCUUAUUGUUGCAAGCUGUGUGGAAGUACAUUUGUGUACAUUGGUCCUUUAGUUAACCAUGUGAAAAAUGUGCACACAAAGCAUACGAAAAUGUGUGGUGUGUGUGAGGAGGUAUUUGAGUCCAUAGCAAGUCUGACAGAGCACCUCCAAUCCCACAUUAAAGCAACACGCACUUGUAAUGUUUGUGGCAAAUGCUUCCCUAGUGAUGCUAAUCUGAGAACACACAUGGUGUCUCACACAGGAGAGAAACAGUAUCAAUGUAAGGAAUGUGGGAAAAGUUUCAAAACUAAGGCAUAUAUGAAAUUGCAUAUGAGACUUCACACGGGGGAGAAACCAUUUCAGUGCAAAGAAUGUGGAGAAAGCUUCACUUGUAAUGGAUACUUGAGAGCACAUAUGAAGUUCCACACAGGGGAGAAAUCAUAUCGCUGUAAGGACUGUGGGCAAGACUUCGACCAGAAGGAACACCUGGAAACGCACAUGUGGACUCACCAAGGUCAGAAACCACAUGGUUGCAAACAGUGUCCGAAAAGCUUCAAGCGCAAGGAAGAACUGACCAGACACACAGCGGUUCACACAGGAGAGAGACCUUUCAAGUGCACUGUGUGUGGACAUUGCUUUGCCACCCCAGGCAACCUGACACAACACCUGACCACUCACUCUGGAGAGAAACCCUAUCACUGCAAACUGUGCAGCAGAUGCUUUAGAAACAAUCCACUACUUAAAAGUCACCUGAGGAAUCGUCACAAAUGUUAUGACAGUGCCAUAUUGGCAGAAGAUGAGUUACGUUCCUUCAUAUGAUGUGGGAGUGCCCUGUAGUUAAAUGCUUCUAGGACAAAGUUACAAAAUUGAUGUUGGCUCUUACAUGAAUGUCACCUCACUGUCUCCCAUUUAACCAGUAGAUACAGAUACUAUUAGAAGUUUUAACUUCAGAAUUAUCGACGGCGAGAAUGAAUGGUGCUAGUCAAGGAACAACUGAGACCUGGACAAAUAUACUUGACUCUGUAAAGAAUAUUCUCAGCUAAAGCCCAACACAUUCAUACAGACAUGCAUACAAACUAUAAGGCCCAAUACAUACAUGCAUACAAACUAUAUGUCCCAAUACAUACA